AUGGCGAAAACGCUCAAACGCAAUACGAAACAAGGCCAAAACAAAAAGAAAAAAUCCAAAAGUUUCUCUCAGUCUCUACCACUACUUCCAUCAAAAAGCUAUAAAACUAUAAAAUUGGAAGAAUUGAAUGCACGCGAACAAGCUGCGAUUAAAGUUGAAAAGGAAAAUGAUAAAGAAAUGCAGGAAGAACAUUGGAAUGCUUAUGUAAACUGCGAUCUUUAUUGUCGGCCUGAUCAACCGCCCGAAUUACGUGCAUAUAAAACAAGAUUGAAAACGUUUGAAAAUGAAGAUAUUGAAAAGACUUUCAACUGGGUGUUCUCCGUAGAUGAACGCAGCAUACUUACGGAAAGAUGCGCGCAAGAUCUUACACGUCGUACACUAUCGAAAGCGAAACCUCAAUUAGGUUUUCAAUACAAUAAAAUGGUGGGUGAUUACUUGGAAAUUUUGAGACGAAUUGUUGCCUUCUUAGGGGAUAACAGGGCAACCGCGAAAGUUAAAGCUGAAGUCUUGAUGGAUAUUACAACCUUAAAAAAUGCGAUAUCUGAAGAAAUUUACGAAACUUUUAAUUCUUUAACAUACAGAAUAUUAUCUAGAGGAGAUGCAUAUAUGGAAUCAUUGGAUCCUGUUACUGAGGAAUAUUUCUUUUCCGGUGACAAUUUCCGAAUUCAUAUAUGGACUCUGAAAAACGUCCCCAUACGUUUUACACAUUUAGAUGAGCCUCGUAUGGUGGCCAAUCUGCAUAACUUAGAUAUUUUGCUACACAUACCCUAUUCAAUGUUGCGACUUAAUUUAUGUGUACAAGCAGUGCAUAUAAACAUUGACACCCUCAGUGAACAGGCGAAAAGUUAUAUUCUGGAAAUUCCCUUGUAUUCUAAGGACUUCAAUACCAGUACACAAGUAUUAACUGAAAGCUUAUUGCGUGACCAUGAAAUGCAAAAUAAGAUUCAAGAAAGAGUUCGUACCGAAAUCAUAAAAGCCCACCGUAAGCAUGAGGAAAUAGUUGGAAAAGCUCUUAAAAGGCUAAGAAAAAUAAAGAAACCAAAAGAAAAAAAAGCUCAGCCUAAAAUACGGGAACUGGAAGCGAUCAUCAUUUCUCAGAAACCACAACGCCUUAAAGCUAAUGAAUAUCCUGUUAUUUAUGCGGAGUUCCUUCAAAGAGAACAGAGAAAAUUUGAAGACUUUUUAAAUAUUGCUUACGAUCCUAUAACUCUUAAUUUAGAUUCUGAUGAGGUUAAUCUGCGAAGAUUUGUAAUCGUGGGCGGAGCUUAUCAAGUAAAUUUUGUACAAAAACCGUUAAAUGUGAAAUUCGGCAAUAUCGGUAUGACCUGGCAAUGUGCUGAGCGAAAACUUAUUAUCGAAAAGGACAUACGCAUUGACGAGCCUUCCCCGGGUGGUGUUAAGACACCUGUUGGCACUAUAAAUUAUUUAAAUUGUGAUAAGUUUGUAUCACCAAUGGACACGGUAAAAAAAGGCGUAGACCCAAGCCAUCCUUUAUUUGUUUUGGUUUUUCAUGUACCAGAAUAUCUCUGUUAUUGGGGUGAACCAAUUGCAUGUCACUACGAAGAAACCCAGAAAACUGUGAAUAUUGAGAGCUUGGAAGAUAAAAAGUCGAAAGAAGAGUUUGUUAAGCUACUAGACAUUAGUCAUUCACAAUCAACUUUAGCAAAUAAAUUAGAUGUCGAAAAAUUAGAUAAACUGAACGAUACGCUAAUGAAAGCCCAUCGCAUAAAUCUUCGUUAUUCUCGGCCAAACUAUUUUGAAUACAGGAAUAUUAGCUCAACAUCUCUGCCCAACCUACCAGUUGUUGUGAAGAUACUAGAUUACCAAUUGGAUUCUCCUCUAACAACGGAACAACUGCAUUUGAUUGAAGAGCUUUGCGUGCCUCAAAUUUUACCUUCAUACAAGUUUCCGAAAGAGAUUCAAGAAGAAGCUGCCAAAAAAGCUAAACGGAAGAGAUUUUUACAUUUUCAACAAGUUGAGGAGCAACAACCACCACCUGGAUUCAAUUUUAAUGAAUCCCAAAACAAUCCAGAACGCGUGUUUAUGGUCUUUGGGCGAACUAGAGAUUUUGAAGUUACUGAACAAUUGCAACAAUUCCAAAAUGUGUUGCCGAAUUCUUUACCUAAAUUAAAAGCAGUAUCUUCAGUGAAAAGACGCAGUUCAUUGAAACGACGACUUGGGCGUUCGUCGAAGGAUGUGGAUAUAUCGCGAAGACCAAGCACAGAGCAUCGCCCAAUAUUGAAACAAGAAUCUGCACGCCCCUCAAAAGAAUUUGAUUUACUGGAAAGUCACGCACCAGUGAAACGAGAAUCUGGACUUCCCUCAAUUGAAUCUGACUUUUCAACAAAAAUGAAUGUGGACGCUAGCAUUAGGUCGGUGAAACGAAGGUCUAAACUGUUGAUAAAAUCGUCGCCAUCAUCACGAAGAACGAGCACGAGUAAACGUACCGAAGAGCCCGUUACGCAUGAUUACUUUACCGGUGAAAUUUUACACGUACCAAAAGACACCAAAGUUAUACAAUAUUCUCAUUGGACCACCAAGCACAUUAAAUAUUCAUGUUUUAUUAGGGAGAAGCAAAUAUUUAUGAUCGAAACUGAUCGACUAGGCAUCUUUGGCUUUGCAUGUAAGCGCUACGAACACUUUCCAUUCAAAUAUUGGGCAAUGCAGCCUAGUGAAGCCGACCCUGCAAAUGAAGUGGUUUUUACUCUAGAUACACCAUACGUUAGGUGCGUUUUAAAUAUCACCGGACAAGGAAUACGUGGAUACGUUUCGGAACGUAUCGAGAUGAACAAACACAACAAGAAUCCCAAGAUGUAUUUGAUUAUCAAAGAUCCCAUUAGAGAUAUUGCCGCGCUGAGGAAACUGUUUGAGGAAAAAAAUCUAAACAUUUUUGCUAACGAUGAUGCAUCUUUUUAUAUAGACAAUGGCUAUCAUUCUAUGAAGCAUUUAGCCACCGAAAACCAUACAUAUUAUUGUAUGGCUUUACAUAGCACUCAGAUGAAAUUCAACUUUAGUCAAUGGAAUCGUUUAGCUGAGCGACGUGAUAUCAUUCUACAAUUUGAUGAAUACGAACGGCCGAGUGACAAUAAUUUUGAGGUUCGCGUCACACCAGAAGGCGUCACAUUCGUCGAAAUCACUGAGAAAUGCCUACUCACUUUGGAAGUUAAUAAUACAUUGAUAUACAAUCAAACAUGGCGCAAUUUUGAAGUAGGUCAAAUUUUCAAUUUAAGAACGUUAGUUAUAGGAAAAUUGAACAUAUUUAUAGAAGACGCCAUUAAUAUCGAAAAGAAAGUUGAUAAGCGAUUUCAAGAAGAAAAACAGAAAGCUUACGUAAAUUGUGACCCUUAUCCUCAACCCGAUACACCGCCCGAAAUACGGGCAAACCAUAAAUUGGUUGUUGACUUAAACGAGAGCAGCAUAUAUACGGAAUGUUGGGAGCAAGAUUUAAGUCGUCGCGCUUUAUCGAAAACAAAACCGGAAUUAGGUCUUUUCUGCGACAAAAUGGUUGCUGAUUACUUGAAAAUUUCAAGACGGCUUAAUACUUAUUUGCGAGAUAAUAAGGCGACAGCGAAACUCUAUGUUCUAAUGCGUAUUAUCGAAUUAAGAGGGAUAAUAAAUACCGAAAUUUACGAAAGCUUAAAUUCAUUAAGCUUAAGAUUCAUAGAAUCUUAUCAAGCGGAGAUGCGCAUACGGAACACUGGCUAUCAUUCUAUGAAGCAUUUAGCCACCGAAAACCAUACAUAUUAUUAUAUGGCUUUACAUAAUAUUCAGAUGAAAUUCAACUGUAGUCAGUGGAAUCAUUUAGCUGAGCGACGUGAUAUCAUUUUACAAUGUAAUAAUUACAAACGGCCGAGUGGCAAUAAUUUUGAGGAUCACGUCACACCAGAAGGUGUCACAUUUGUUGAGGUUAGUGAAGAAUGCCCGUUCAAUUUGGAAGCUAAUACCAUGUUGAGAUACAGCCAAUGUGGUGCAAUUUUGAAGUGA